CCCUCUGUCGCACAGAAGCCGCGAAAUGUAGAGCCGCCUCUUUGUCCCAACCCCCUGGCCAGCCGUGCCUGGCACGGAGCCGGGCACCUGCGGGUACAGCGAUGAACAGGGCAGACGUAGCCAGGUGAUACUGCCAUCCUCCCACACCCCCAACUCUGAAAAAGAGUUCCUGAAAUCUGAAUUACAGACCAUCAUUUUAAUUGUACAAACUGCAGCUGAAACAAGCUUCUCUUUGGGGUCACAAUGGCCACCCAAGGCAGGGGAACUUUGGGCCUCAUCCCCAGGAGUGCUGUUCUCCAGAAGCAGGAGGGGCGCCUGACUGUGAAGCAGGAGCCAGGAAGCCAGACCUGGAGGCAGGGCUGCAGUCUCCAAAAGAACCACCCUCCUGUCUGUGAAAUUUUCCGGCUGCACUUCAGGCAGUUAUGUUACCACGAGAUGUCUGGGCCACAGGAGGCACUGAGCCGCCUCCGGGAGCUCUGCCGCUGGUGGCUGAUGCCGGAGGUGCACACCAAGGAACAGAUCCUGGAGCUGCUGGUGCUGGAGCAGUUUCUAAGCAUCCUGCCAGGGGAGCUCCGGACCUGGGUGCAGCUGCAUCACCCCGAAAGUGGUGAGGAGGCUGUGGCUGUGGUGGAGGAUUUCCAGAGACACCUCAGUGGACCAGGAGAGGUGUCAGCUCCAGAACAGGAACAGGAAAUGCAUUUGGAGGAAACAACAGUCCUGGGUGCAACAGAGGACUCUCCUACCUCAUCCCUCAGUGAGGGUUCAGCCCCUGGAGCCCACCUGGAGCCUCCUCAUGACCCAGGGGCCUGCCAUCCCACCAGUGGACGCUCUGCUCAACAGGCUUCCCCAGUGCCUGCCCUUCCCCAAGCAGGGAACUUAGGAGACCAAGCAGCAGCAAGUGUGCUUCAGAUGGUCGGGCCCCAGGGCUCUGCAGCGUACGAGUUCCUGUGCGUGGACUAUACUCAGAAGAAGCGGAGAGGUCCAGCAGUCAGUCAGAGAGCCCUGUACCGGAACGUCAUGCCGGAAAAUCACUGCAGCGCGGCCUCCCUGGCAGGUGAGAAUAGGAUGGAAAGUUCCGAGUUACCUGCAAAGCAGGAAAUUUCUAAAGGUUCUGAUUCAUCAAAUAGGAUAUCAGGAGGACUCUAUGUGGUGGUUCCUGGAGGACCAGAAGCUGGAGAUGCCUGUGAAGAUGCUUUAGAGAAGCCGGAAGGGCAACCCUCAGAUGAGGAAGGGAGCCAACUCCAAAGUGAUUUCUUGGAAAUAACACACGAGAAUAAAAAUAAAUCUACCAAAGAUGGAUGUGAUACAUAUAAGGAACUUGGGGCACAUCCAAAUCUGUCCUCCAGUCCUGCAGAACUUCAAGGAAUUCUGAAAGGACAGAAAUUCUAUCGAUGUGAUGAAUGUGGCAAAACUUUCAAUCGAAGUUCACACCUCAUUGGGCAUCAGAGAAUCCACACUGGGGAGAAACCCUAUGAGUGUAACGAGUGUGGUAAGACAUUCAGGCAGACCUCUCAGCUCAUAGUUCAUCUCAGAACCCACACAGGGGAGAAACCCUAUGAGUGCAGCGUGUGUGGAAAGACCUAUCGACACAGCUCCCAUCUCAUUCAACACCAGAGACUCCAUAAUGGGGAGAAACCUUAUAAAUGUAAUGAAUGUGCGAAAGCCUUCACUCAGAGUUCCCAACUCAUUGACCACCAGAGAACCCAUACUGGAGAGAAACCAUAUGAAUGCAAUGAGUGUGGGGAGGCCUUCAUUCGGAGUAAAAGUCUUGUCCGACACCAGGUACUUCACACUGGUGAGAAACCCUACAAGUGUAAUGAGUGUGGGAAAGCUUUCUGUUCUAAUAGAAAUCUCAUUGACCAUCAGAGAAUCCACAGUGGGGAGAAACCUUAUGAGUGUAAUCAAUGUGGCAAGGCCUUCAGUCGGAGUAAGUGUCUUAUUCGACAUCAGAGCCUCCACACUGGGGAAAAACCAUACAAAUGUAGUGACUGUGGGAAAGCUUUCAAUCAAAACUCUCAACUUGUUGACCAUGAGCGAAUUCAUACUGGAGAAAAACCUUUUGAAUGUAAUGAGUGUGGUAAAGCAUUCAGUCUGAGUAAGUGUCUUAUUCGACAUCAGAGACUUCACACAGGUGAAAAGCCCUAUAAAUGCAAUGAAUGUGGAAAAUCCUUCAAUCAAAACUCACACCUCAUUAUACACCAGAGAAUUCACACUGGUGAGAAACCUUAUGAAUGUACUGAGUGUGGGAAGGUCUUCAGUUAUAGCUCUAGCCUUAUGGUACAUCAGAGAACCCAUACUGGGGAGAAACCAUAUAAAUGCAGUGAUUGUGGGAAAGCCUUUAGUGACAGCUCGCAACUCAUUGUGCACCAGAGAGUUCACACUGGAGAGAAACCCUAUGAAUGUAUUGAGUGUGGGAAAGCCUUCAGUCAGCGUUCCACUUUCAAUCACCACCAGCGAACUCACACUGGAGAGAAACAGUAUGUAUGUACUGAGUGUGGGAAAGCCUUUAGUCAGAGUGCCAACCUUACAGUACAUGAGCGAAUCCACACAGGGGAGAAACCCUAUAAGUGUAAGGAGUGUGGAAAAGCCUUCAGUCAUAGCUCCAACCUUGUUGUUCAUCGGAGAAUCCACACUGGACUGAAGCCCUACACAUGCAGUGAAUGUGGGAAAUCUUUCAGUGGUAAGUCACACCUCAUUCGGCACCAGGGAGUCCACAGUGGGGAGAAAACUUAUGAAUGUAAGGAGUGUGGGAAAGCCUUUAGUCGGAGUUCAGGUCUUAUUUCACAUCACAGAGUUCACACUGGGGAGAAGCCCUACACUUGUAUCGAGUGUGGGAAAGCUUUUAGCCGUAGUUCAAACCUUACUCAACAUCAGAGGAUGCACAAAGGAAAAAAAGUUUACAAAUGUAAAGAGUGUGGGAAAACAUGUGUUUCUAAUACAAAGAUUAUGGACCAUCAGAGAAUUCACACUGGGGAGAAGCCUUAUGAAUGUGAUGAGUGUGGAAAAGCUUUCAUCUUAAGGAAGACCCUUAAUGAACAUCAGAGACUUCAUCGUAGAGAGAAGCCUUACAAAUGCAACGAGUGUGGGAAAGCGUUUACUUCUAAUCGAAACCUUAUUGAUCAUCAGAGAGUUCACACUGGAGAGAAACCCUAUAAAUGUAACGAAUGUGGGAAAACCUUCAGGCAGACUUCUCAAGUUAUUUUACAUUUGAGAACCCACACUAAGGAGAAACCCUAUAAAUGUAGUGAGUGUGGGAAAGCCUAUCGUUAUAGCUCACAACUUAUUCAACACCAGAGAAAACAUAAUGAGGAGAAAGAAACCUCAUAAAUAACAUGUAUUGUUGGUAGUAGGACUAAUUGCUACUUUUUGGAAAAGCAGUUUUUCAGUAUCAUCAACUUUAAUUCUAUUUCUAAGAAUCCGUACAGGGAAAGUAAUGAGAAGUAGACAAAGAUUAACAGAAGGGAUAUUCAUGCCAGCAUCAUAUAUAACUGAAAGAAGAAAACUAGAUUUUCAACAGUACAGGGUUUAAAUGAAUGAUGGUCUUGCGGCCAUUGUAAACCUUUUUAAAGCAUAUUUAAUGCCAUGAGGGAAAUGAUUUGGAAAAAUGGAAGAUAAAGAAAAAACAAUGAAGUAUGAUCCAAAUUUUUUAAAACAUUUACGCAUUGGAAAGGAAUGGGAAUGAAAUAAUACCAAACCAAAACAUUAACUGAUUAUCUCUGGGUGAUAGGAUUAUAGGUGAUUUCUAUUUUCUUCUUUAUACUUUUCUAUGCUUUUUGGAUUUUCUACAAUGAGAAUGUACUACUUUUAUAUUCCGGAAAGUUACAAUAUUUUUAAAAUGCAAUGAGUACAUCCUCAUUUUCACUCAACAGUGUUAUAAAAAGCACAUAGAACAUAGACUCAAAAAUCCUGGGAUUGCACCCUAAUACUGGCACUUAGUAGCAGUGGAACCAUGAGCAAGUCACUUCCUUUUAGAGCUUUGUUUCCUGUUUAUUAAAUCAUAAAUACCAGUUGUUGGUCUUUUGCAGUUUUAAGAUAAGCUGACUUUACAGUUGUCAACACAAUGCAUAAUUCAUGUACUUGAUCACUGUUAGAUUAAAAGAACACAGCAAAAAUUUACUACAUCCUCAUCUUUGACAGUUGUAGAAGGAUAUGCAAAUAAUAGAGAACAACUUAGCUCCAUCUUUUCAAUAUAUGUCUACAAAGCAAGAAAAAAUGUCUCCUAUGAAAUUGAAACAAUUGCAGUUCAUAACCUUUAAAGAAAUACAGUCAGCAUAACCUAAAAUUGGGGGAAGACUCUGCCUUCACAUGUUAUGUAGGGUUUAGUAGCUGAAAGGUGCAGACUUUGGGGUCAGAGACAUGUGUUCUAAUCUCAGAUCUGCCAUGCACUAGCUUGUCAGUUUUCAAGUCACUUAACUGCUCUGAGCCUCAUACUAUCUGUAGAAAGGGAAUAACUACCUACCUCACAGGGUUGUUGUAAGGAUUAAAUGAGAUAAUGCCUGGAAUGUGUGAUAAGCCCAGCACAUGGAAAAUCAUAAUAGCUUAAAUAGAGGACAUUGGAGCAGUAUUUCUAAACACUUAGUGAGAGUGAUUCAUGGAAAGUUUUAGCUAAGGUGGCAUUUAGGAUAUUUUAAAGUGUAAUGAACACAAUACCAAGUACUAGUAACUUAAGAACACUAAUCUUAGGGCUGGCCCCACGGCCGAGUGGUUAAGUUCGCGCGCAAUGGCGCCGCCCAUCAGGCCGUGCUAACGCGGCACCCCACAGGCCACAACUAGAAGGUCCCACAACUAAAGUAUACAACUAUGUACCGGGGGAUUUGGGUAGAUAAAGCAGGAAAAAAAAAAAAAAGAUUGGCAACAGUUGUUAGCUCAGGUGCCAAUCUUUAAAAAAAAAAAGGGGGACACUAAUGUUUACAUAAGAGGAAGUCUAGAGGUAAGCACUUCCAAAUUUGAUUUGGCACCUUAGCACUUCAUCAGACUUCCACAUUAACUCCAUAAUUUUCAACAUAUUGUCUUUCAUUUUUUGCAACUUUGGUUACAAGAUGGUGGUCGCUGCUGCAAGCUCCUUUCUUCACACACUCCUUCAGAGUCGGGAAGUGAGGAAAGGUGCUGAGGCUUCCUCUUCUGAAGGUUCCUUUCUCUUAUUGUUGAGAAAACCUUUCCCAGAAGAAGGGAGGAAUGCUGAGCAGUCAGUUCUACAGGUGCUUACUAGCUUCCUCUGCUUUUCAAGUCCUUAGCUUAAAAUCCAUCUGGGAGCACUUAGACUCUGCCCAUUCUUAACUCAGCCAGUUUUUCUUUUUAUACAGUGAAUCCCUAAGCUUAAUGCCAUUUGUCUUAUGCACAUAGUGCUUUAUUGUUUCCAGAAUUAUUGAGGAUAUGUUAUCCCAUUCAAUCCUGAUAAUAUUUGUACAAGAAACUUGAGUCUCAGUGAGGUUAGGUGACUGGCUAGUAAGUGGUUGGAGCCAAGACUGAACUCGGAUCUGACUUCCAAGUCCUUGCCUUCUUUAUUACACCAAAGUGUCUCUACCCACCGUGGUGGUUCUACAUGUGAGUGGGAGACCAGUUAGGAUUCUCCUGGGUAGCCACUUCUAUGAAAGGUGAUUGUAUCUGGACAAUUAUUUGAUCGUGGCUUCAUAAGGAAGUUAGAUUUAGGGCCUAUUUCUGCACCUCAUAAUUUAGUUUUGAGGAUUAUAUAUUUCUUCCUUGCUGUUACUGGAAAGAAGCAAGGGGAAGGUGUGAAGGGUCUGUCUGUGAAAAGGGAUUGUUUAGUUUUGCCCUAUUUUGAUAGGAAGUGGCUUACAUAUAAUUUUGUGAUAUAACAGUCCCUCUUUGCAUAGUUAUUCAAAGCAAGGUUUGGAGGCUCUGGAACCGAUUCAGGGGAUAGGACUGUUGACAUGGUCACUCUUGGGUGGGCACUCCCCCAAGAGUCUGGGUGGACAUGAGGCUAGGGUAACCCACAUGUGGCAGUGACUAAACAAAACUGCAGCAGUAAGCCACAUCCAUCAUUCUUCCCUUGUGUGUCCUGUUAAAAUUUUAGAAGGGGUUUCUAGUUAGUGUUCCAUGCCUUUUGUCAUGCCAGCCAUCCUCACCUGCUAAUUUGCUAUGUGGAAACUACUCAUGAUUGUCUACUGGCCCUGCCAAAACUGCUUUACGAAAACAGGCAAUUAGGCAACUAGUCUUUUGGUUGUGAACAUGAUGAGAGUCUAUACAGAAGUUGAAAUACAAUGUACAUCUGAAGUUUAUAUAAUGUUAUAAACUAAUGUGACCUCAAUAAAAAGAAAAGAAAACAGGCGGUUAUCUUCGAGUGUGCCUGUCAGGGAUUUUUUUUUUUUUUUGAGCAUUUAUUAUUGCUGAGCAGAGUUAUUGAUGCUUCCUAUAUUGCUGAGGAGGUAUUCUCUGACCAAAACAUUUCCCAUCACUGUGUUCUAGUGCCAGAACUUGUUUCUUCAAAUACGCUUUCUUAGAUGACUUUGUAAUCUUCAAGAGUAAGUACCUUCUAGGAAGGAUAUCAUGUCUUCUCAAACCCAGAGAUCUGAAUACAGAUCUUCACAUUUCUUGCCCUAGGCAAGCAAAGAUCCUAGACCCUUGAGGAGGCCCUCACCCAUCUUCUAGGCUGAUACCUGUCUUGAGCUGCAAGAGUAAACAUUGACAAUUGGUCCCUGGACCCUUUCAGAUAAAUAUUCUGCAAUAUAAUUUGAACUCAUCACCUACCUUCCUCUAGGAGUUUUUCAAGACUAUCAGCUGUUUCCUUCAGUCAGAGUUUAAUUCUGCAGUUCUUACCAUCCUUUCAAGCCCUUUCAUGAUGCACUCUGGAAUUCAGGGUCUGUCUCUUUGAAUGUGUUCUUUUCAACUUCCUGUUCUAAUGGAAACCUGGCUGUUCCCUAAUGGUGUGCUUCCACCGCAGUCCCUCAAUUGCUAGUUUUUGUCUCCCUCAACCCAUUUACCUCUCUCUACUGCCAUUUCUUCUCUAUUCUCCACCAAAAGCCCAGCUCAUUUGAAAUCCCUGUUCUUGUCAUCUACUGACUUCUUGUGCAUUCACAUUUAUUCAAUUAUGUUUUAGUACCCUGAAUAUUCCUAAGGAAUAUGAAGAAGCAAUAUUUUUAGCCACAGACAUCCUAAUUGUGUAGAAUUACUCUUGUGUGGAAUAGAAAUAUAUAUGUCUCUUUUUAGUUGAGAGAAAAGUGUGAAAUAAAUUCUUACUUUAUAUAGGCUUGAUUAAAGGGAAAUACGAAAGACAAAGAAUCCUGCAGAGAGGAAAGUGUCUCCCCAGACUUAUAUUUUUCAUUCAUGGUGUGUACUGUGUUAGGUCUUACAUGGAACUGAGAAGAAAACUGAAACAAAAAAGAGCUUUAAAUAGCUGAAUAAUUCUGUUGCAUGUAAAACCCAUAAGACUAAAUUUCAUUUCAGCUCUGUAUCCUUACUGAGAGACUUCCUUUUUUGAUUUUUUUCCGUUCAAUAUAAAUAAAAUAGUAUGCUUAUAUUGUUGGAUUGUUUUUAGAAACUAGACUAUC